AUGACGAUUGGUUUGGUAAGAUUGAAACCACUGCAAGAGACUACCCCCAAAUCCAGCCAUCCGUAAUUUGUGCAACAGAUGUUUAUGGUUUACCUUAUCAAACGCCUUAGACAUGUCAAGAUACACAGCAUCGACUUGACCUCCAACAUCCAAAAUCGAGCCAAUAUAGUUGAGAACUUCGAGAAGAUUGGUCACGCAUGAUUUUCCUCUAAUAAAUCCGUGCUGCGAGGUCUUAAUUACCUGGUACAGCUGCUCCCUGAUGUUAUAAAAGACGCAGCGUUCCAAAACUUUCGACACAAUUGAAAGGAGUGAGAUUGGCCGGUAGUUUUCAGCAUAUUCUUUUUCACCUUUCUUGUACACAGGAAUUAUGUUAGCGAUUUUCCAAUCUUCCGGGAGAGCACCUUGACUUAGGGACUUAUUAAAAAGCGUGCACAAAGACGUUGAAAUAACAGGAGCAGUUUCUUUAAGCAGACGGGCUGGGACGUUGUCAGGUCCUGUGGCUUUUGUAACAUCCAAUGUUUCAAGAACUGCUUGAACUUCAAAUAAUAAUGAUGAUGAUAUAUUAAUUGAUACUAUAUAUAAUAAUUGAUACUAUAUAAUUGAUACUAUUUAGAUUAUUUAUACAAAAAUAUAAGGAUUAAUGCAAAUAAUUUAUGUACACUACAGUGUACAGAUAAUGUAGAUUUCAUCUAUUCGUGGAUUUUCUUACUUUCUAUAGUUUUGGUAUUCAUGGCGAUUUCAGUUGAAAGAAUUUUCCAAGGAUUACCGAGUUGUAGCAGUUGACUUGAGGUAAAUUAGCUAAAAAAGUUAAUAUAUAAUACUUGGUGUGCUCUAGCUUAUUGUAAUAGAUUACCAAAAUAAUUAACUUUAAAAUUUUCAGUCUUUCUAGUCUUUUCUUGACGGCGCUUCAUCCGUGAAGUCUACUUCUUGAAACUUAUCUCUACUUAUAUCUAAAUUCAAACCUUCCUCAUGCAAAGGUUGUACCAACAAUUCAACAAAUACUGUCUAUCUUCAUGUGCUCUGAGUCUGGCUUUUCAUUUUCUAACUUGUUUUAGUAUCUUGUGUAGAUUGUAUAUGUAGUUCUUCUUUCAGUAAUUUUAUUUCAGAAUUUAUAUAUGAAUGGUAAUAACUAGUAAUAAUAAAAAUGCUAAGUCAAUCAUUGCUGAUCACAAUGUCAAAUCAUGAAUAUAGUUUUUGACUAUGAAGGGCGGCGUCAUAAUUUAAGUUUAACACAUGACAAGAACUUGGAAGGAUUUUUGCAAAUUCAAAUGCAGUCAAAAUGGUAUAGACCAUAUAUAUAGUAACCGUAUUUUAUACUAAUCUUUUAAAUGUACAGUUUACUCAAUAAUUUGAAUAUCUUGCCAUUCAGGGGAUAUGGAUGGAGUGAUAAACCAGUGAAAACAUCAUCAUAUAAAAUAAGCUGUCUCGCCCAGGACACGAAAGAAAUAGUGAGUAUACCGUAAACAAAUUAAUAAACGUGCCAAUAUUAAAAAAAAAAAAAGUUAUUUUGGUUUCAGUCAUGCUUGAACUGUAUAGUUUGAACAGUGCCAGGUUGACAUGUAGCUCUGCACCAACACUUCCCAUUUUGUGGAAUCUUGCAUGGCUCCUUUAUAAUAUGACGUUAACCAGGAGCCCGUAACUCUGUAAAACUCUGAAUAUAAUUUCUUGCUAUUCACGCGAGGCAAUUUUAAUGCCGUGUAUUUUACUUUUAAACUUUUCUUUACGAGAUACUCCCAAAACAGUUGGCGCUAUGCUAUAGUAUAUAGGAGAAAAUUAUGAAUUUAGACUAGAAUAUGUAGAUUUACAUAUCUUAUACAGUGAAUAGUUCAUAUAAAAUUAAGUAAUAAAUACAGUGUAUAGUUAGUAUUUAAAUAUAUGGAGCCUGGUGAGAGCCACCUUUAAGUGGCUUUCAACCUGCUACAGUUUAUUGCACAUGCAUGGAGGGUAUUUAAACAAAAGAAUCUAAUUAUUUGGCCUCUAUCUGCCUUUGUGUUAAAGUCUCAGGGGAUUGCUUGAAACCCACCUAUAUAUACUGCAGAUAAUACCUUCAAAAACAAAAAGAAACUAGCUAGGUAUAUAGGACAGACAAUAAUCGCGUGUGUUCAGUGGGGUAUAGACUCCCGAGAAUUACUUAGACGGAGAAUUAUUUCUAUCUUUAUAUUUUUGGGAAUUUUUUUUAUUAUAUGUUUUUUUAUCGAUUAAUACUCGAAGUGACCUGGCUUGCUCGAAGCGUCAUUGCUGCCAUAGCAACGGCAGUUCUGUAACUUUUGUUAAAAAAUUCAAACCCGUGAUAGAUGUUGUUGAACAUCAGUAAGAUAUUUUUUGUGUUUCAACAAGUAAUGAUUGUCCAAAAGCACGUAUCGUGAAUUUUCCGUUUUUAAAAAUCUGUAUUGAGCCACCUUGAAACAAAAACAUAGCUUUCUCGGCGUAAGUUUUAUACAUAUCAAAUAACUUUCAAUGCAUUUCUCUCAAUAUAUUGUCAAUCGUGCUUAUUAUGAAUUCUUUAGAGGUUGAUGCAAUUCAUUUCGUAUUGUGACUAUCGUUAGGCUACGUUUUCAGAGUCUUCAAACUUUUUGGGCAGACGUUUUAAGCCCUGGGCAAACUAGGAAACAUUGUUGUGGAAACAUUUGUGAUGUUUCCUCAAACGUUUCCCUGUUUGGCCACCCGUGGAAACGUUGUUGCGGAAACAAAAUUUGCUUCCCGAGAAGCAAAAAUGUUUCUUAGCGAAUUCAGAAACAUAUGAUGUUUCCUUAUGUUUCUCACUAAUGUUUCCUAGUGUUUGCCCACUCUGGAAAACAUGGCGAAACAUUGGCAGGAAACAGUGUUUCCGCAACGAUGUUUCCUAGUUUGCUCAGGGCUUUAGUUUAAAAAUUUUUCACUCCUCGGUUUUGGCGCGAAAACCAGGGCGGGCAGUUUCAUUUCACAGCGGGAAAAAAACCAGCCCGCUCCAAAAGGCUCCUCAGCCAAUCAAAUUGCUUUAUUUUCACCGAUAAAAAAUAAAUAUUAUAAUUAUUAAUUAUUAAAGUUCCACUAACCCCAAAUAUAAUUUUCGUAUGUGCAAUAUUUGGGUCAUUCUAAGAAGAAGUGUACUUACUGAUAUGAUGUUGUUAGAUAAAUAUUUGGAACAAAAAUGAUACCGCGGAUUCGCUUUUUACGACAUCAAUAUAUGCCGUCGUGACAAACGAAUCCAGUGUCUGGGGUCUAAGUUGCAAUUCACGUAAUGAGAUGUAUCUGGAAAUUUUAACAAUGAGCAAAUUGAUGAAGAUGAGUUUUUUAAUAUAUAGAGGAUAUUAGACGGUUGCGAGGAGAUAUGGAUUUUUAUAUGUUCUAGUGGCAAAAACAAUAUCUCACGAGUGAGCGCAGCAAACGAGUGAGAUAUUUUUUUUGACACGAGAACAUAAAUCCAUAUCUUCUCGCAACCGUUUAAUGUUCUGUUUAUUAUAUGGACUUAUUCAGAGUGACAUAGUGAAAAGCGAUAUUUUUUAAUUUAUAGUGCAAGCAUAAAACUAGAAUAAAUUUUACUUAUCUCAAGAUGUCUUUUAAAUGUUUUCGUUUUAUUUCCAACGUUAAUUUCGUUUUAUAUGCGAACCGAAGACCGUUUGUAUUUUCAAAACAACAACAAUGAAAAUGGCGGGAAAUUUUCGAACUUCGUAUGUCACUCGCAAGCGUGAAAUACGGAAAAUACGCCCAUCUGGUCCCCGGAUGUAGUGGAAUAUGAGUUCUACGAGUGUUUUAGUUUCCAGUAAAACACCAUUAUAUCAACAUUUCUUCUUAGAAUUAUUAAUGACCCAUAUAUAUAUAUAGACAUACAAAAAUAUCAAAUUUGCAUGGGGUUAGUUGCAACAUCAUGUCUAUAUAUAACGUUUAGGUUGAAGCUCUGGGCUAUACGUCAUGUAGUCUUGUUGGACAUGACUGGGGAGGACUUAUAUCCUGGUAAUUAUUGUUUUAGAAAAGGUUUUUGUCCUUAUUUCGCUUCAUAUUAGCCUUGUCUGGUUUUAAGACUAAACCGAAUAAUAUGCGAAUGGUGCAUGACCAAUUAGAGACAUACAUUUCUUCCUUACGUAUAUAGUUUAAAAUGCAAGCGUUUGCAUGUCCGUUUGUCGCGUUUCCCAUGCAAUGUUUGCUUUCUCGGUGUGCGUGUAGACUGGGUCAGUGUGCAUCCCGAACGUAUCUGCAUCAGCGGCGUAUUUAGAAGUUAUCCUCGCGCCAAUGAUGAAAUGCCAAAAGAGCGGGACUGCAAUGCUAAUGUUGUUGUUUCUAGGUCUGUUGCUCAUCGUUUUCCAGAAAUUGUCAACAAACUUGUCAUUCUCAAUUGUCCUCAUCCAAAGUUUGUAUCACUUCAAUUCUAA